GGGGCCUCGGCGGGGACUGUGAGGGGAUGAAGGGGGCUCCCCAAAAUCGGAGGCCUCUCCCAAACUGGGGGGUCACAAGACCCCUGCUCAUCCUCAUCCUGCUCCUCGCAGGCUCCCAGUGCUCCCAGACCCCCCCCGAAGGCUGUGCCCCGUGCCCGACCCCCUCCCUGCCUCCCUCCCCGGAGCCCCCCGAGACGCCGACCCCCGUGACCGUGACCACCGGGAGCCCCCCGAGCCCCUCCUGCUCCCCGGCCCCGCCCCGGGGGUGGCUCCGGGUGUGGGGGGGGCCCCCCUCCCGCGAGGGGCGCGUGGGGACCCCCCUGACCCUCGAGUGCCACUUCCGAGGCCCCCCCGACACCGCCCUGACCUGGCUCCAGGCGUGUCCCCCCGGGCUCGGGGAGGUCCCCCGGAGCUGCCCCUGGCCCCAGGAGGUGGUGGCCACCCGGGGGGGCCGCCGGAUGGACCGGGUGGUGCGGGAAGGGGGGGGAAGCUCCACCCUGACCUUCCCCAAACUGUCCCACAACGACUCCGGGCUCUUCUUCUGCCGCGUGGAGUCCGGGGGGGAGACGGCCCAGAGCUGCGGCACCUUCGUCAGGGUCCUCGAGCCGGUUCCCGCCCCGUUCCUGGCGCUGAGGGAGAGCACCAAGAACCGGAUCCUGACGGCGCAGGGGGUGCUGCUGCUGCUCUGCUCAGCUGGGCCGGGGCUGCUGCUGCUGCUCAGGAAGCGCUGGGCCAACGAGCAGCUGCUGCACCCCGAAAAAACCACAUGCGAGGAGGAAAACCUCUACGAGGGGCUGAACCUGGACGAGUGUUCGAUGUAUGAGGACAUUUCCCGGGGGGUCCAACCCACCUACCAGGACGUGGGGACCCUCCCCGGCGACUCCCAGCUGGAAAAGCCCUGAGGGACCCCCCGAAAAAGGGGGGUGGGACCCCCCCGGGAAGGGGUUUGGGACCCCCUGGCUCUGCUUGGGCCCCCCCAAUGCUCUGCUCUGGUGACACAAGGCCGUGCUGACCCCUCCCAAAAUAAAGCUGCUGCGCUGCCGGA